UCAUUCUGCUUGAGAAACCAAACCGACUUGCCGCUCAGCCUCUUUGAAUAAAAACAGCGGGUUAAACCCUAAACCCUGUUUUUAAUUUUGUGUGUUGAUUUUAGGGUUUUCCCCUUUUCUGAUUUUCUACCUUGCUGUAAGUGUUUCCGGAAUUGGGGGAAAUGGGGUUAUAUUCGAAACGUUCAAGAAAAGCUAGAGGUAAAGAUGUGGAUAUGGAGGACUUCGACGAUUCAGAAGAUGAGGAAUUAUUGGUUAAUGGCGAAGUAGAAGAAGAAGCUGAAGGAGAAGAAGAUGAUGAAGAAGAAGAGAUUGGUGAUGAUGAUGAUGAUGAUGAUGAUGAUGAUGAUGAUGAAUUAGAGAAUAAUGAUGAUGACGAUGAUGGAGUAGAUGAAGAUGAUGAUGAAGAAGAAGAGGAGGAGGAUAAUGAUGGUGAGAUGGAAGAGCUUGAAAAAGAGUACAAGGAUCUUCACAAUCAGGAACAGGAUAUAUUGAGGAAUCUCAAGCAUCAUAAGGAUGAAGAUGUUAAAAAGGGUCAAGCAGUGAAGAACCAAAAGGCUCUUUGGGAUAAAACUCUUGAGUUCAGGUUCUUGCUUCAGAAAGCAUUCUCCAGUUCGAAUAGACUACCACGGGACCCAGUUAGGUCUUCAUUUUGUACUUCGGAUGAAGAAGUGAGUGCUGCAUAUUCAGACCUUAUUACUGCAUCAAAGAAGACUUUGGAUUCUUUACUGGAACUGGAGGAGGCUUUGUUGGAGAACAACCCAUCAAUUGCUCAAUCUUUAGAGGGUAAUGCUGGCCAAUCAUCUAAGAAGCUUUCUGGAGAUUCUAACUUGGACAUGGAAGAUGACGAAGAGUGGCUACGGAUUUCUCAGAUGAAUAGGAGAAUAGCUGCCUUCAGAGAUAAAGCAGUUAACAAAUGGCAGAGAAAGACAGAAGUCACUACUGGUGCUGCUGCAAUCAAAAGCAAAUUGCAAGCUUUUAAUCAGAAUAUCAGUGAACAAGUGGCUGCCUAUAUGAGGGAUCCAACUAGAAUGAUAAAGCAAAUGCAACAAAGAAGAUCAACAAUUGGCAUAUUUGGGGCCGUUACUGAGGCUGCUAAUAAUGCUAAUGGAGAGGAAGCACAUCCUGAAGGUGAUCCUGAACUUCUGGAUGAUUCUGAAUUUUACCAGCUGUUGCUGAAGGAAUUUUUUGAGACUGUUGACCCAACAUCAUCUGAGACGGCCUUCUAUGCCUUGAAAAGACUGCAAACCAAGAAGAGAAAAAUAGUUGAUCGUCGCGCCUCAAAGAGUCGAAAGAUAAGGUACCAUGUUCACGAGAAGAUAGUCAACUUCAUGGCACCGGAGCCCAUGAAGCUUCCUCCCAUGGCUCCAAAAUUAUUCGAGAAUUUGUUUGGAUUGAAAACCCAAUAACCUAAUGCUGAAAUCUGAUUUACUUUUUACCAAGCCUUUGGAAUUUUGUAAUUUUAAUUUAUGCUAUAUUAAAUUGUUUUAUAUAGGUCUGAUGUGACAGAGAAAAACAGAUGUGUUGCCAUAAUGAAAUAGAAGUUUGAUAA